AUGCGCCUUCACCUGGUUCGUGCCAUAGGAAGGCCGGCGACACUUCAACUCAAAUCAACCCUCGGAAGGUUACAAUGCCGGUUCAACUCUCAGGCCUCUUCCGUUUCCGCCUCCUCAAAGGAGGCCCUUGAGCGCAUCCGCAACAUCGGCAUCUCGGCGCACAUCGACAGCGGCAAGACGACGCUCACCGAGCGGGUCCUCUUCUACACCGGGCGCAUUGACGCGAUGCACGAGGUGCGCGGCAAGGACCAGGUGGGCGCGAAGAUGGACUCGAUGGAGCUGGAGCGGCAGCGGGGCAUCACCAUUCAGUCGGCGGCGACGUACGCCACCUGGGCCGGUCACAACAUCAACAUCAUCGACACGCCCGGCCACGUCGAUUUCACGGUGGAGGUGGAGCGGGCGCUGCGUGUCCUCGACGGCGCCAUCCUGGUGCUCUGCGCCGUGGGCGGCGUCCAGUCGCAGACGCUGACAGUGACGCGGCAGAUGAAGCGCUACAACGUCCCCUGCGUAGCCUUCAUCAACAAGCUGGACCGGAUGGGCGCCGAUCCGGGCCGGGUGCUGGAGCAAGUGAGGGGGAAAAUCGGCUACAAUGCCGCCUUCAUGAACAUUCCUAUCGGCGUGGAGAGCCACUGUAAGGGACUGGUGGACCUGAUCGGGCAGAAGGCGGUGUACUUUGAUGGGAAGAAUGGUGAAAUCCUCCGCUACGAUUCGAUUCCCAAGGAGAUGGCAAGCGAAUCGGUGGACCGGCGGCAGGAGCUGGUGGAGGCGGUCUCCAAUGUGGACGACCAGCUGGGGGAGAUGUUCCUCGAGGAGCGGAAGCCCACUGAUGAGCAGCUGAUGGCGGCCAUCCGGCGGACCACCAUCCAGCGCAAGUUUGUGCCCGUCUUCACCGGCACCGCCCUCAAGAACAAGGGCAUCCAGCCGCUGCUGAACGGCGUCGUCGACUUUCUGCCCAACCCCGCGGAGGUGAAGAACUACGCCUUCAUACAGAAGGUGGGCGAAAAGUCAGUCGAAGGCGAAGGCGAAGAAACAGCCGCUCAGAGGAUCGAAAUGAACCCCGAGCGGGAGACGGCCCGCGAGCACACCUUCGUCGGCCUCGCCUUCAAGCUGGACGCCACCCGCUUCGGCCAGCUCACCUACAUGCGCAUGUACCAGGGCUCGGUCAGGCGGGGCGACUACAUAUGGAACGCCCGCACCGGCAAGAAGGUGAAGGUCUCGCGGCUGGUCCGCAUGCACGCCAACGAGAUGGUCGACAUUGAGGAGGCACUGGCCGGUGACAUUGCCGCCCUCUUCGGCAUUGACUGCGCCUCCGGUGACACCUUUGUCUCGGACCGCAGUGCCGCCAUCUCCAUGGAGUCCAUCUUCGUCCCCGACCCGGUCAUCUCGAUGUCCAUCAAGGCGACGGCGAAGGAGUCGAUGGACUCCUUCAGCAAGGCCAUCCACCGCUUCACCAAGGAGGACCCCACCUUCACCUGCGCCUGGAACGCCGACAACAAGGAGAUGAUUGUCAGUGGGAUGGGCGAGCUCCACCUGGAGAUCUACGCGCAGCGCAUGGAGCGCGAGUACGCCUGUCCGGUGGUGCUGGGCAAGCCGAAGGUCGCCUUUCGGGAGUCCCUUAGUCGGCCACUGCGCUUCAACUACCUCCACAAGCGGCAGUCGGGCGGGGCGGGCCAGUACGGGGCGGUCAUCGGCCUGCUGGAGCCGCUGCCCAUUGAGCAGAACACGAAGUUGGCCUUCAGCGACGAGACGAGCGGCCCCAACGUGCCGAAGUGCUUCGUGCCGGCCAUCAGGAAGGGAUUCGAGGAGAUGUGCGAGCGGGGGCCGCUGACCGGGCACAAGAUCACCGGGGUGAAGUUUCGCCUGCAGGACGGCAAGCACCACAUUGUCGACUCCAGUGAUAUUGCCUUUCAGCUGGCGGCGCAGGGCGCUAUGAAGCAGGCCUUCGAGUCAGGCAGCUGGAUGAUCCUGGAGCCGAUCAUGCACGUGGAGGUGAGCGCCCCCGCCGAGUACCAGGGCGACCUGAUUGGGCUGAUGACGCGGCGGAACGGCCUCCUCCAGGCCACCAAUGAGAUUGACAGCUACUUUGUGGCUAAUGCCGAGAUACCCCUGAACGACAUGUUCGGCUUCGCCACCGAGCUGCGCACGCUGACCCAGGGCAAGGGCGAGUACACGAUGGAGUACUCGCGGUACUCGCCGACGCGUGGAGACGUGCAGAAGGGCCUACUGGAUGCCUACCAGCAGCAGCUGGCCGCUGAGGCGGCUGCCACCGCUUCAAAGGCCAGCAAGAAGAACUGA